GAAGCGCAGUAGACAGUGUAUGUAGGCAUGCAAGUGAGAAUCAGAGGAAGGAGUGACAGGCAAGAGGGAAAGAGACACCAGAUGCUUUUAGUCACUUUACCACAGAUACACAACAUACAUACAAACACACACACACACACAUACAUACAGACUGUGAAGGAGCUGCAUCCACUCUUUACUAAAAACGUGAAUUGAAACACGUGUAUGUGUGUAUCUGUGCUUGAAGCAACUGAGGGGACCUCUGAGGAUACACGGAUGAGAAAAAGGUGUGGGGGAGCCAAGGAAGAGGAGCCCGAGUGUGUUUCGCCCCCGGGGGAACUCACACACACACGUUCCUGCGCCACAGACGGCACACACUCCAGCGGGCGCUCAGCACUGUUUCCCUGACAACUAGAAUGGGCUGCAAUUUGUGCACCUUGCAGAAACGGGAGGAACACUACAAACUGCUGUAUGAGAUAGCACAGGUUAAUGGACGUGACUUCUCCAAGGUGGACCAUGAGGAGGCAGUGGUGGAAGCCAUCAGGAGAGACCCUAUCGUUGUCCAAGUGCUCCGUCGAACCCCUACUAGAGCUACAGCUGCAGUUGCACAUAACCACAGCGGUUCUUCACAGGAAGUGUGUGUGGUGGAUGUAUGCACUCAAACAGACAUCACCUUUGAACACAUCAUGGCACUGGCCAAACUUCGGCCCACUACACCACCUGUUCCAGACAUUUGUCCUUUCCUUUUGUCCGACAGUUGUCAUUCAAUCCACACCAUGGAGCAUGAGUUUUAUGAAUGUCCAGAGUACCUAUCCAAUACUCCAGCAGAAGUGGAGAGAACUGACGAGUAUGAAUACGAGGAAGUGGAGUUGUGUAGGCAGAACAGCCAAGAGAAACUGGGUCUGACUCUGUGCUACAGGACUGAUGAUGAGGAGGAUACAGCCAUCUAUGUCAGCCAGGUAGAGCCAAACAGCAUAGCAGCAAGAGAUGGAAGAAUCAAGGAAGGAGAUCGAAUAUUACAGAUAAAUGGAUGUGAGGUGCAAGACCGGGAGAAGGCCGUCGCUUUAUUGUCAAGCGAAGAAGCGAGGAGCAUCAUACUCAUUGUGACGAGGCCAGAAAUGCAGUUGGAAGAAGAGGUAUGGCUGGAUGAUGACCAACAGGAGCUUGUGGAGGAGCUGAAGAUGGAAAUCCUGGAGGAGAGGAGGAAGCAGAGAGCACAUAACUUUGACAGGGGAGAUGAGUAUCAAGCUGAAGAAGAAAUGACAACAGACACAGCCACCUGCUCCUCCACCAAUCAGGACAAAGACAGUGGGUUUGGACCCAGUACUGACAGUCCAGAUCACCAGCCUCUGCUGGCCAGACUCCACCGGAGAAGCCCAGCUCACUGCUUGAGAGAGAGAUGGCGUGCAGAGCAUCCACACACACAAAGGGGAGCUGUAUUACAACAGGACACACAGAGUCCAAGGACAGGAUCCAAAGGACACGACGGAGUAGUGGGUAGUCGCAAUGGCAGUGGUGGGAUUCUGGGUUUAGAGAACCGCUUCCAGCAACUGCUGGAGCUUAAGUGUCAAAUCCGCAAUGGAGUCGAAUGUGGGGUUUAUUCUAUUCGACACAGUAUAGAGUGUAGUCUUACUGAACAGGGUGGAGGGGAUGGAGAUAGUGAAGACGCUGUUGAAGAAGGGGGAGGGGUGGAACAUGAGUUAAAGCUGCUAAAUGAGGAACUUCGCAGUAUUGAGCUGGAGUGUCAGAGCAUCAUGCAAGCCCACCAGCUCCGCCAAACCCAUCAGCUGGAGCCCUCACAGCCUGCAACCUGUUCACCAGUACGGAGCCCCAAAGAUGGACACAAGCGCCACGGCAGGCUGGCUGACAUCCACGAACACCCAGAGAGGUCAGACAGUGACAGAAAAAAGGACAGCUCCAGUGCCUACAACACAGCAGAGAGUGCACGAUCAACGCCUUUAGGCAUGGAGAGAUCUCCUGACCAUUCUCUGCAGAGACACAUCAGCAUCACCAACCAGAAAAACCUCAGACUGGGCUCCUCCAGUCCCAUCCCUAUUCCCAAGGCCCAGGGGACCCCCAACCGCAGCAGACCAGCAGACCCAGGCCCUGUUAUCUCCAGCAGCCCAGACCAGAGUAACCCAUCCAGGUCAGAGUCAGACCCUGCUCUGCCUGCAGAUGAUGAGAGAUGGGAGAAGAAAGGGAGGAGCAGGGAUUCAAGAAGAGGGUUUCCCUAUGCUUCUUCAUAUCAGACGUCUCCAUAUCAUGGUCAGGGUGGAUCCAGGCAACUUCAGAGCUACAUGCAGCUGCUACAGCAACAUUCAUCCCUGGAGUAUUCCCAGAGUCAGUUAAGUCUGCUCAGUGUCUGUCGAGAUCCUGUUCACCGGAGUGGACGCCCAGGGGAGCCUCGUCUGGAGUGGAAGGUCAAAGUUCGUGCUGAUGGCACGCGCUAUGUAGCUCGCAGACCUGCUCGUGACCGAAUCCUGAGGGAGAGGGCGUUGAGGAUCCGAGAGGAGAGAAGUGGAGGAAUGACUACAGAUGACGAUGCUAUGAGUGAGAUGAAGAUGGGCCGCUACUGGAGCAAAGAGGAGAGGAAGCAGCACUUGGCUCGAGCCAGAGAGCAAAGAAAAAGGAGGGAGUUCAUGCAGAAGAGCCGUCUGGAGUGUCUGAAAGAGGGACCAAGCAGCGGAGCUGAGGGCAGGAAGGAGAUUAAUAUCCUGGAGCUCAGUCACAAGAAAAUGAUGAAAAAACGAAACAAAAAGAUCCUAGACAACUGGAUGACUAUCCAGGAGCUGAUGAGCCACGGGGCCAGAGUCCCAGAGGGCUCCAAAGUACAUAAUGCCUUCCUGUCUGUAACAACUGUCUAGCAGACUCAUUCAACUGUAUUUUAUGCAGGUAGCCUGUCUUUCAAAACUACUGCUUUAGGGAAGAAAGGAAGUUGUGGUGUGAUAUUAAAUUACAAUGUCACUACAGAGAAGGUGUGAAGGAAUCCUGAAGCAAAUGUAACUUGAAGAAUGAAAAUCAAUGUUAAGUUAGUCUCAAACUCUCAAACAUUACAACACCUCAGCCUUUUACAAAAUGGAAAAAACAUUACUUUUAACUGUUUUUACACUGGCUUUUGUUAAUGCACUGGCUUCUGACAGCAAAUGAAUUUGGUAGCAUGUAGGUUCAGAUGAAUUUAAUUCAAGAACCAACAAACUUAGUUUUCUGUAUACUAUGUGUUGUGUAGAUCCACUCCAUUUUUGUUUUGUUUCAUUGCAUAUGAAGCAACUUCACUUGCCUCGUUCAAGGUGGCAUUUUUUUUAUAAUAGGGAAAAAACAAUAUUUUUCACACUUUGUACACAUGAUAACUUUUUGUAAGGACUUUUUUUACUCUGAAUGUCAAUGUACUGUAAACAUCUUAUUGUAACUCCUUAUUUAUUUGGAUCACCAGUUGAGACUUUGUUGUAUACCAGAUUGAAAAACUCUCCCCUCAUCUUAAGUCAGAGUUGUCUGAAAUGCUCACUUCGAAACACUGACAAUAUUAUUGUGUCCUCUCUCUAUUCAUGAGCUGAACUUCUUGAACAGUUGCACCUCAACCUAAAGUCAAAACUCUGAUCUUUCAAGUAGUUGAAUGUUUAUUACAAACUUAAUAUUAACUCAAGGAACAUUGGAAUCAAUCCUAAACCCUAAAGAUAAAGGAUAAACCUGUGAAUUAUGUCAAAAUGUUAAAUAAAUCUAUGUUUAUAUUGUCUACUUUUAUUUCUAUUUAUUGUAAAUUAAUUUUCAUGGUCUGUCUGAUUGACCUUAUGUGGCUGCCCUUCAAAGCCAAUACAUUUCAAUGCAUUGUCGAAAUAUGUAUCAUAUUUGCUGCUUUUCACUGUAAAGUCCCUUGAAGAGGCCUUCAGUUCAGUAUUUGUCAGUGGUGAAAUUUGUUAUAAA